AUGUAUGAGAAAAAGCUGGAGUCAAACAUCAGGAGGCAUCUUAGCCUCACCCAGGACCCCUAUCACAUUGCCCAGAGUGUCGCCGGAAUGCUUGAAAAGGGCCGUUUCGACGAGGCACUUAUGAUGGCGCGUAUGUCCAGCCGAAAUACCAAGGUCGAGGUUAGCUGGAAUCAUCUGAUCGAUCACCAAAUGAAGAACCAUCGCCUUCAUGCUGCCGUGAAGUUAUACAACGAGAUGAAAAAGCGAGCUCAAAUACCCAACGCAAAGACGUACACCAUCAUCUUUCGCGGCUGCGCACAAUCUAUCCAUCCCAAGCUGGCGGUAGCCGAGGCCACCAGGAUCUACAACUUCAUGAUCAAGGCCGGGCCACUCAAGCCCAACACCAUUCACAUGAACGCCGUCCUUGAGGUUUGCGCUCGUGCAGGAGACCUCGAGAGCUUGUUUACCAUCCUAGUAACUUCCAAUGCCAGCAUGCGCUCUCCGGAUGCCCAUACCUUUACCAUCGUCCUAAACGCCCUCAGAUACGACUCGGGCCACGCAGACAGAUCCAACAUCGGACUGAUCGAUGCCGAGGUCAAGCGGGAGAUUCAAAAGAACCUCUUGAGAGCGAGGGCUAUCUGGACGGACGUGAUUGCGAAUUGGAAGAGCGCCAAGAUCAUCAUUGACGAACAUUUGGUGUUUGCCAUGGGCAGAUUACUUGCUAUGGGCGACUACAAAGACAACGAUAGCGUCUUGGACCUGCUCGAACAGACCAUGAAGAUUCCAAGGUUAGAUAAACCCAACGUCAAGCUCCCCGACGCCCCGCCCGCCGAAACCGACGCCGCAGCCGAUCCGUCCAUGCCAGAAAACGAAACCGCGGACACCACCAACAUGUCACCGAAGGACCGAAAGGCGUUCGUUGGACUGAGAGCGAACAAAACCCCUCUGUACGCCCGACCCGGCAACAAGACGCUGUCCCUCGUCCUCACCGUUCUCGUCAACACGCGCAAGACGUCCAGCGCGGUAAAAUACUGGAACUACCUCACCAAGAUCGCCAAGGUAACACCCGACGACUCAAACCACGCCUGGUACCUACGGGCUCUCGCCUCGGGCCACGCGAGCGCACAAGUCGCCUCAGUCAUCGCGGAGAUGCCCCCGACGCUCCUCACCCCACUCACCUUCCGGCGCGGCUUCUCAGCCUGCAUCGGCGACAACCUCAACCCGCAAGCCUUCAAAAACGCCUGCCGCAUCUUCGACGUCAUGGCCACCAAGCAGCGCUACGCCGACGCCCUCGCCAUGCGCUUGUUCCUCCAAGUGGCGCGCGCCAACACGCGCCACUUCCACGACGCACCACCACCCACCACGCCCAACGAAACCGCCGCCGCCGCCUCCGCAGCCGGCAAGCUCGCGCACGGCACGCAAAUCCUCGCGGCCCUCGACCGCAUGUGGGAGCCCUUCCGGAUCCUGACCGGCUCGCUCUCCUACCCCGCCGAAGCGACCCGCUCCCCAGAAGAGGAGCGGGAGCGGCAGCGCGGCGCGCUGCAGGAGAUCAUGGCGACGGCGCGGCGGAUGAUCGCGGCGAUCGACCGGGUGGCGGGGGCCGAGGACGGCAUGAUGCAGCUGGUGGCGGCGGCGGACCGGCGGGCGGCCAAGCUGUGGCACGCGCGCCGCAUCGUGCUGCAGCGGCUGGUCGAGCGUCACGUGCGCAUCCUGUACCCGGACGGCCCGCCGCCCGAGGAGGUGAGGGAGCGCCGCACGGUGUUGGAGGAGGUGGAGGGCCUGGCGGAGGAGCGCACGGCGAGGCAGGCGGCGCGGCAUGCUUCGUUCUAG